GAUGAGGUCAAGAGCCGCUAUACACCUGCUGAAGUUGAUGAUGGAGAAGCAAACGAGAUUGAGGACCCCCUUCCCGAGGCUUAUACCUCCGACCCACAAGGUGAUCCAACCGACGGCGAGCAUGGUGUGACCAGCCACUGCAGUAAGAACUGGAAGGCAGCAGCGCCAGAGUCGACGAAGGUCAGCCUGUCGUGCUGGGAUCAGACAGGUAUCUUCGGUGGUGCCUGCCGCCAUGGCCUCAUUUUGAAAUUCUGUGAGAUGGUUCGAAGUGGCGAACUUGCAAAAUAUCCUCUAGCCAUCGUGUCCGACUUCUUGAGGACGCACCUCGAUCCCGACAAUGUCUUGGGCUUUGAUAUUGGCUGUUCGUUCAGCGCCACAGUCCAGUCGAGCCGCCUUGUUGGGCCAGUCGCCACAGAACAGAAGCUCCACAUCCUAGUCAAUGCAUUUCAUGGAUGGGCGCACAAUCGGACCUGCCAACUUGAGUAUCACCCACUUUAUACUCUCGGCUUUGGGUUGGAAGAUUUAGAGGGGAUGGAACGCAUAUUCUCACUUUCAAAUCUUGUUGCACCCCUCGUCCGAAGUGCAUCUCGUUUUCACUGGCUUCAGGCAUAUGACCUUCACUUUCAGCAGUGGGACGAGGAUAAGUACUCCAAUCUUUCUAUCUUCUUGCUCAACAAUUACCGUCAAGCCCUCAGAACCAUUCUCGAGUACUCCCCAGAAGUUGACCGAGAACUUCGACGUCUUGACCUGGACCGCGAUACCGUUCAAGGAUGGAUUCAAGAGGAGCUUGCAUAUUUGAGGUCGAAGACAUCGGGCGAGUCGACGGAGAGGACUCUUGAGUGUGGGUACCUCAAGGAGCUCAAGGAGAUGUCUGCUGCAGACCAAGCAUACCAGACGACACGUUCAGAUCUCCGGAUAACUAACUGGACUCCAGGUGUAUCAUACGGCGCCGAUGCUGCAGCAACAAACAAGGCAGAGCGCAAACGUGAGCUCGCCAUGAGCCGCUUCCUUCUACACCAACAAGCUGUCUUCGACUUCGAGUUUAGAUUGAAGGUGGCAAAGCGGUGGGAGCCUACAGAUCCGAAGUACAAGGAGAUCGAGGAGUACAUCAAGAAACGAGACUUCUACCAGGCCCUGAACAAGCUGCAAGGUCUCGUUGUUCAGCGGCUUUUCGAGCUGCAGAAGGCAAAUGUCCCCGGCAUGAGCUAUAAUGUUCGCAAAAAUGUAUGGGCACAUCUGAACACGCGCAGCCAAGCUAUUCGAACGGCUCUCAACAAUUAUAACGCCCUCGCCGUCAAGAUGAACCCUCCCGCUGAAAUAUUAGAUAUACAGAAGAUCAUGGAGCUUACAUUUGUCGCUGAAUUCGAUCUCUUACGACAAUCAUAUGGCGAUACCGAGAUCCUACAAAAGCCUUGGAUGUCGCCAGCUAACCGACUAGUCUGUAACAGGCUCUUCAAAGUUGUACGAGCUGAAGAGGAACUCGAUCGCCUCAACCUUGAGAUGCGCCGCCUUCGAACCUGGCUUCUCGCCGAUGCAAAGGCGUACGAAGAUGCGAUUAACGGUCUAUCCACUCGUCAUGAAACCAUUUUUGCUGCAGAGGUCCGGGAGCAGUACAACCGACGCCAGGCCAUCAACAAUAACCACCAUAGCAUCCUCAACACAAUCGAGGGACUGACUGGAUUCACAGGA